AUGCACACGCAACAAACUCCGAAGUACCCUAUCGAUGUUUCAUGGGAAUCAAAACAGCAAAAAAUAUCGAACCCGUUGGUACGAAAAGAUGCAGUUAAUAUUUGCUGGUUGAGAAAUCUAUCUGUGUCAAGUUCAUUGUGCUCAAAAAGUAAAGAUAGAGGAGGCAAAGAGAAGAAAAAACAAAAAGCAGCCAAGCUGGACCUCAGAGAACUGUCAGAGCUUAUUGAUGUGGAUGAAGUUACUGUUGAGAUGAACCAGGCCAUUGAAAACAUGAAGUCCGAAUUUAUUAAAAAUCUCAAUCUUCGUUCGGCAACUGGUGCUUUGGAUCAAAUAAAUGUAACGGUUGAUGACAAGGUGUAUGAGUUGCAAGAACUUGCCCAGAUGUCCAGAAAACAAAAACUGAUAGUGCUCAACCUGGCAAAUUUUCCUACUGCCAUACCUCAAGUGAUCAAAGCCAUUGAGACUAGUGGAUUGAAUAUUAAUCCUCAACAGGAUGGAACCACACUUUUCUUACCUAUUCCCAAAGUAACAAAAGAGCACAGGGAAAAUCUUGCAAAGAAUGCAAAGGCAAUAUAUAUAAUACACAGAGAUCAAAUUAAAGAUACAAGAAACGUUACAAUUAGAGAAUUGAAAAAAAGGAAGGAUGUAUCAGAGGAUGUGAUUCGUCGAGUUGCUGCUCAAGUGGAAGCUCUUUGUGAUAAGUAUGUCAAAGAAGCUGAAAAGCUUUUACAAACCAAGCAGAACGAACUGUUAGGAUCUUCUGAGUAA